AGCAGGAAUAGGAAACCGGUCAAACCGAUUCGGUCUUAUGGAAUAAAAACGGGAUGACCGGUUCAGUCCACCGCUGGGGACAAACCAUAACCGAAUUAGGGUUUCAAAUCUACAAGGUUCUCCAUUGAACCACUACAGUAGCCGUUCAUCUGUGUUAAUUUAAGAAGAUGACGAAGAAGAAAGAAAAGUCUGCGAACGUUUCGGGAAAGCCGAAGCAUUCGUUGGACGUUAAUAGAGAUGCGAACAAAACAAAAAAUGGGAGGAGCGCCGCCACAGUGCGUCGGCUUAAGAUGUACGACACGCGGCCAAAGCGUAACACAAAAGGGAAGAUUUUGAAGAACGAUUUGCAGUCCAAGGAGUUACCGUCCACUCGGAUUCAGCCUGACCGCCGGUGGUUUGGCAACACCCGUGUUGUGAAUCAGAAAGAGCUUGAGUUUUUCCGUGAAGAACUUCAAAAUCGUCUUUCAAGCAACUACAAUGUACUUUUGAAGGAAAGAAAGAUCCCCAUGUCCCUUUUGAAUGAUCAUCAGAAGCAAGCAAGGGUUCACCUUCUCGACACAGAGCCCUUUGCUGAUGCCUUUGGACCCAAGACAAAGAGGAAGCGACCAAAGCUGGUGGCAUCUGAUUACGAAUCAUUAUUGAAGAGGGCUGAUGGUUCUCAAGAUGCCUUUGAAGAGAAAUAUGGUGCUAGUACAUCUGUUGAAGGAAAUGAGGAUGGAUUCAGAGAUCUUGUUCGGCACACAAUGUUUGAGAAGGGUCAAAGUAAACGCAUAUGGGGAGAGCUCUAUAAAGUGAUCGACUCUUCUGAUGUUGUUGUCCAGGUGCUAGAUGCCAGAGACCCACAAGGUACAAGAUGCUAUCAUUUGGAGAGACAUUUGAAGGAGCAUUGCAAGCAUAAGCACAUGAUUCUUCUAUUAAAUAAGUGCGAUUUGGUUCCAGCCUGGGCUACAAAAGGAUGGCUUAGAAUACUAUCCAAGGAAUACCCUGCUCUAGCAUUUCAUGCGAGCAUAAACAAGUCGUUUGGCAAGGGUUCUCUUUUAUCAGUAUUGCGACAAUUUUCCCGCUUAAAAAGUGACAAACAAGCUAUAUCUGUGGGUUUUGUUGGAUAUCCCAAUGUUGGAAAAUCAUCAGUUAUCAACACUCUGCGAACGAAAAAUGUUUGCAAGGCUGCACCAAUUCCUGGAGAGACUAAAGUGUGGCAGUACAUAACUCUUACAAAGAGGAUCUUUCUGAUCGAUUGCCCUGGAGUUGUUUACCAAAAUAGGGACACAGAAACUGAUAUUGUCUUGAAGGGCGUGGUACGUGUGACCAAUUUGGAGGAUGCUUCUGAGCAUAUUGGUGAAGUUCUGAACCGUGUGAAAAGGGAGCAUCUCGAAAGGGCAUAUAAGAUAAAAGACUGGGAGAAUGAACAUGACUUUCUCCUUCAGCUAUGCAAGUCUACAGGAAAACUUUUGAAGGGAGGUGAACCUGAUCUGAAGACGGCUGCGAAGAUGAUUCUCCACGAUUGGCAGAGAGGGAAAAUACCUUUCUUUGUUCCACCUCCAAAACAAGAAGACGAGUCAACUCAGGAUCCCAUUGAAUUUGAUGUGGAGAAAGAUGAAGCAGUCGAUGAUGAUAAAGCCUCUGCGGCUAGAAAAGCUAUUGCUGAUGUUAUUUCAUCACAACAGCUAAAGGAUGUUCCAGUUCAAGAGGAUCUUUUUACUGAGAAUGAGUUGAUAGGCGAGGCGGUCGAGAAGCUUCCAAUCAUUGGGUCGUAAUUAUCACUAGUUGUAUAACUUGCACAACGAUUUUGUUUCUAUUUUGGUCAUUCUGAUUAGUUUUGUCAUGUUUAAAUUAUCUGAGAUGGUUUAAUAUUUGUGGAUGUAACUUUAUUAUGCAAUUAUCUGGGAAUUAUACUUACAUUCAUCGUAACAUUGAUUUCAGUGAA